AUGGAGAAAAUUAGCGUACUGAAAUUUGUUGGAGUAGUGCUUGUAUGGCUCUUCAUUUUAAAGCCUUGUGUGGGUAGUACUUUUAGUGCGUGGGGAGGACCUGGGUGUGACGUCCCGGGUGAGGCUCUCGGUGGUUGUGGUGAGUGUUAUGGCAUAGGCUACCACGCAGGAUAUAAUUUUCAAUACAGCGGACAGACUGUGUAUCUUUAUAGUUCUAAUGAUUGCACGGGUCAAGUAGAUACUACUCUCGCCGUCAAUACACGCGAGUGCAGUAGUUUUGGGUGGAAUAGCUUCAUCAUUGGGUGCUGA